GUCCAGCAAAAUGACCCUAGUUGGGAUAUUAAAACCACAAAAAAAAAACACACAGAGCGUAAUGCUCUGGCUUACUGCUUCUGAAACAUCAAACUAACAAAAAGAAAAGUGUGCGCAUAGUAUAGAGUCAAGUCAAAAGGCAACUGAAACAUUUAGGCAUAUUUAGUAAUCGGGAAUUUAUGAGGACCAAGAUCUCGCAUGCGCCGUAGUAGCCUACUCGCCGCUUUAAACCAAGGCUGGACAGAUGUUAAGCAGCCUGGUUGAGGGGUGAAACUCCGGGAAAACAUUUUAGAGAGGGAGCUGAAGAGUCAACGCUGACCAUGUGAAUGUAGGGACAAAAUAAAUAACGGGCAUCAUGUUGAGAAAAUAGUUCCAGAUAUGUCAGCAGCAGGAGCGACGCGGAAAUGUCCACAACCGAGCAACAGCCAAAUCAUGUCCACAACUGAGCAACAGCCAAAUCGAGUCUGUGGUAGAGGAUGACAGCAGAGGGGUCCACCGGAGCGGUCAACGCCGUCUGCACCCAAGACUCCUCCCACUCACCUAAAACAACCUGCCCACAAACCACAUGGCCCUGCCCACAGAAGGAUGAGCUCGAAGUCAGACUCCGCCUCCGCUCCCCUCCUGGGGCGUGGCUACUAGCAGGUGUUGUCGUGGUGAUGGUGGGAAUGUUUGUGGCUGUGGCCGGGUACGCUAGCUCCACCCCUAACCCUGUGGGUGGGCGAGGCAGCUCCCACAGCGAGCGAAUGAAACUGCUCGGCCCUGUCGUGAUGGGCAUCGGCCUGUUCAUCUUCAUCUGUGCUGGAACCCUGCUGUAUGAGAACCGGGACCGAGAGCGUGAGAACCUUGAGAACCCUGAGGAGCAGCGGAAACACAAACAGAAGAAAACAAGGGAAUGGCGCCGGGAGAACCGUGAUUGUGAGGAUGUGGAACAGGGGAACCAGAGAGAGCCCUCAGACAGACACUCCCCUCUCCCUGAGGAGUGCCCGCCCCCCCUGCCUCCCAGAGUGCCUAGACAGGAGGGGUUAGAGUUGAACGUUCUCUCUGUGGGGGCGCUGAGCUCACUGCUACCAGGGGAGGGACAGGGGCGUGAAGAGAGAGUCAGAGAGGUGGGGGGUAAAGGGGGGUCAACCCUGCUGACCAGAGUCCUGCACCACCAGGACCCCCCCUCCUCCUGUCCCUCCCCAGCUCCCUCCUCUGUGUACUCUGACUCCUGUAACUCCAGUGAGAUCAACUAUAACGUUCAGACAGGCUCCCCUAUCGACUCUAUUCUCCAACUCUGAGAUACUACUUUACUCACAUCUGUACACACUUUUCUAAAUAAAUGCACCACAUAUUUCUCCAUCUGUGUGGUUUCUAUAGGCUGUAGAUGCAGUGGAGUGUGUUGGGCAUCUCUCUCUACCCCUCUAGGACGGGCAGGGCAGGGGGAGACAGGGCUAGGUGACGUCAGCUUGUUGUUGUGUAGUAAAGUCUCUCUCAGGGGUGUUUGACUGUAUUUGGACUUAGGAGAGGAUUCCACUGCAGACAGUGACUGUGGUGCCAUCCUGAAUGAUGCACGUACACACACUAUCAUAGCAAUGAAAACAAAAUGAAUGACUUCUCAUAGUUGGUUGUUGGCUGUCUACAUGCUUACUCUUUACUUGAGUUAGAUGUUACUACCCACUGGCCAAUAAGUGGUAGAAUCCACGUUGUUCCACUUCAUUUCAACAAAACAUUUGCAAAAAGUCAUCAACGUAAGGCAAUUGCAUCCUUUUCCCAACCAAAUUUGAACCUAAAUCCAAUAUCAUUGUGAAUUUGUUUUGUUGAUUUCACGUUGAAUUCACAUUAGCUGACAACUCUACCAAAUGUGCCCAGUCUGUUUGCAGUCCAUAUAUGAAGUAUAUCUUUGCAGCGUGUAUGCAGCAAACCUUUGGUCUUUAAGGUACACAAAACCAUUAGGAUGUUAGACUGGGUUUAAUUGAAUAGAGCCCACAGAUGCAGAUGCAGUAAAAGGGGGGGGGGGGUGAAUUUAAUUGUCCUGAGUGUUCUCCUCCAGCCUCCAAUUACACUGUGGAACCGACCAAGGGUUUUUUAUUGGUAUUUCAGGACUGCAGAGUAUUUCCUCUGUUGUUCAGACACAUGCUGGGAUAAUGCCAUUGAGAUUAGUGAGGAACGCCAAGACUGCCUUGCCCUGCACGGCCAGACACACACACACACACACACACACACAACCGCAUGCAUGCUUUCACACAUGCUAAACAUCACACACCUCGUACUGCUUUUGAACCCAUUAACCCCGGUUCACCACCAGUGACACUACCAGGGAUAGACCAGUACUUGGUUUCUCACUUCUGACUAUGCUAAAACUGGGAAGUGUGUGUUUUUGUGAGUUUUUAAUGCAGCAGCUGAAUUAUGUGGUCAGUCAGUGUUUGAUUGCCGGACUGUAAUCCUGAACAUCAGAUUAAAUUCACAUGUAAUCCCUGCCUGACCCUAACACUUACUCUCACAAUGCUCCACCUAUGGCCUCCCAUAACACACACACGCACACACCCUCUCUCUCACACAUGGAGAUAACCUGUGCAUUGUAUUUCUGCUCUUGCUGUUGCCUAGGUUUGUUUAACUGUCUCAGUCUGUCUCUGUGUUACGCAAUCCCACAAACAGGACAGUUGUUUUAGUCUCCCUCUAAUGUCAGUCAUACAUUUUAUUAGAGUUUAUGCAGGAUCCCCCCUGGUGGGACUGGGAGAACUGUCUCUAAGCUGCUUAACUCCCCGCUGAGUCAGACACGUGUGUUUUACUGAGGAGGGAGACCCUACUGGGGUUACAGGACCAGAGACAGAGGGCUGAAUCCUAACAUGCAAAUCACAACUUUGUGCAAAUAUCCCAUUGAUCAGUAGAUAGUCAGGAUCUCAAGUUAGUGUUUCAACUUGGCACCGCAAUAACACUUGGGACACCUGUGACCCACAGCAACAAUAUCUGGGACACCUGGGACCCACAACAACAACAACACCUGGGACUCAUAGCAACAACACCUGGGACACCUUGGACCCACAGCAACAACACCUGGGACACCUGGGACCCACAGCAACAACACCUGGGACAAAAAGCAAAAACACCUGGGACCCACAGCAACAACA